AUUAUCAGCUACCAUGACCCAUUGCAUGCGAUGCAGUAAAUUGGAAAUUGAGCUGGAGAUAGCCAACAAAACGAUCAGUAUCCUGAACGAAGCGUACGACGAGCUCAACAAAAAGUAUGCAUCCGCUGUGGGAUUACCGAAAGAAGAGAUUAGUAACAAUGAUGGACUAGAAUCGUUGGAAUCAUUGAUUGAGCAAGUAACGCAAAAGGACCACAAUCUCUCGCAACAGCAGGAGGAAUAUCCGUUGGUUCCGGUCGAAUCGCUAGAAGGCUUAGAACGCUUAGAGGCAGAUGCUUCUUCGGCGGAAUUCGUCCGGGUCAUACGAUCCAACUUUGCGAAGAAACACGAAGAUCUGCAGGGUGAAAGUGGCACCAGCAUAUGCUACUACGUGAUUGAUCAGUUUUUUACAAGAGCGUUUCUUACCACGUGUUCGUGGACUGGUGCAGCAAAAAAUCGAGCCGGAUCCAAAAAAUACAUCACCAAAAUUCCAUUGGCAGCAUUUCCGAACACAGUCCAGCUAUUCUAUCUUGUAGUCAACGAUGUCGAUCCAAAGUACACCUUUGAAAAGGUGGAAAAGUUCCUCCGCCAGUGUUGCUGCCAUGCUGGUCAGCGGUCGCAACAGAAACGAGUUAAAAAAAUAACCCCAAGCGUAAAGCUAAAGAAGAAAAAGGCAGUGAAGCAUUCUGUCUACACGCCACUGCAACAAGCACCAGCACAGCAGAUGAAUUUGAUACAUCAGGAUUAUGACAUCAUGCACGACGGUUAUAUUCAACAAGCCUGUGAGGUAUCAGAAAACAGUUUAAUUCAGCAACCAUGCGAAGAAGUUCAAAAUCAUUUAAUUCUACCGCAUUGUGAGGAUGAUCAAAAUAGUUUGAUUCAACACCAAUCCGAAGAAACUCCAACCAGCUUGAUUCUACAGCAUUGUGAAUUAGACCAACAUAAUUUAAUUCAACCACAUAUGGAAACGUCUGAUAACAACGUGAUUCACAUAAGCUUCUCUAUGCUCCCGUAACAAUAGCCAGUUCAUUGAAUGCGGUAAUCGUUCCGUUGCAUGUCCUCGAUGUCUCGAUCGGACAAAUCAACCUACAAGAUUGUCUCCUUUUCUUGACGUUGCGAUUAUAAGAUAUUUAAACGUAGAAUUAGGUUUAAGCAUCGAUCUGUGAAAUGGAAUGGAAAGGCGAGGAAAUAUAUACCAGCUU